CAAAGCGUGAAGACGUUGCUAGCUGUUUGUUUUCGAGUUUGUUUUUUCCGUUUUCCGUAUUGCCUUGGCUCUUUGUUUAUUUUUUAUUUAUUUUUUUUCUGUUUGGCGAUUUGACUCGCGUUCGAGCCGCGUUUACUUGUUAUUGCCUUGCCGCUGAGGGCCUGUGAUUGUGAUUGAUAUUCUGUGGCAGUGCGCCGAGGUAAAAGAGAGUGAGCAACGAUCGAGGAGUAGUAACUGCAGGUAUCCGUCGCAUAAUUGGUGUCAGCGAUUCGAAACGGCCCAAAUGUGUUUGAAACGGCUGGCAAAAGCGUCACUUGCCAUUUGCAGCUCCGCAAUCGCGGAUCGAAUUGAACUCGGGCCAAUUGAGCCACUCCACAGCUGACUCCACAGCUCUCCAUAGCUCCACAGCUCCAUAGCUCCACAGCUCCAUAGCUGCAUAGCCAGCACCACACACACCUGAGCAGAAAGCCAACUGAGUGUUUUCCCGAAGGUCGACCGCAUCUUUACAGGCUUUCGACGACUCUGCGUCACCGGCUCAAGAAUGUGUUAAUUCGGUGAUUCAAAAACAAUAUCGACGGCGACUGGUCCGCAGCAGCACUUCAGUCGACGACUCGAAAUUUGCAUAAAAAACCUGAGGAGGAGCAUCAUCGAAGAUGAUGCAUCGAAAGCGUCUGGAGCUGAUGCUGAUGGUGCUGAUCGGUCUGGCUUGGGGACUACUGCUGUCCGAGCUGAUGAAGCGCACUCGUGGGCAGAAUCGCUCCGAUCGGCUGAAGGAGGAGAGCAGUCCCUUUCCCAGCAGCCAGCGGAGCAGGAUCCUAGCCACGCCACCACCCACCACUGCUCCACCGACCACCACUGCUCCUCCGCCGGACAUCCUGGCCGCGCGCCUCUUCAACGAGACGCGCGUCCUGUGCAUGGUGCUGACCAGUCCGAAGACGCACCACAGCCGGGCCAUCCACAUCAAACGCACGUGGGGUGGGCGCUGCAACAAGCUGAUCUUCAUGAGCAGCAAGGCGGACAGGGAACUGGGAGCGGUGGCGCUCAACGUGCGGGAGGGCUACUCCAAUUUGUGGCCCAAGACACGGGCGGCGCUGCAGUACGUCUACAAGCACCACUUCCACAAGUACGACUGGUUCCUGAAGGCCGACGAUGACACCUAUGUUAUUAUGGAGAACCUGCGCGCCUUUCUACACGCCUACGAUUUCAGGCAACCGGUUUAUUUUGGAAACAAGUUUCGCCAGCAUGUCAAAGAGGGAUACAUGUCGGGAGGAGCGGGCUAUGUGCUGAGCAAGAUGGCACUGCACCGGCUGGUUAAGCUGGGCUUUGGGAACAGCAGCAUCUGCACCAGUCGCAACUACGGCUACGAGGACGUGGAACUGGGACGCUGUCUGGCGGGAGUGGGCGUCGUGGGUGGCGAUUCCCGGGAUGAGCACGGGCUGAGUCGCUUCAUUCCCUUCUCGCCACUGCACUGGUAUCCCCAGCCGCCGGAGUGGUACCAGCCACUGCUCUACUACACAUCACCAGAUAACUCCAGUGACUGCUGCUCAAACACGGCCAUCUCGUUUCACUACAACAACGCACAGGAGUUCUACGUGCUCGAAUAUAUUAUCUACAAGCUGCGAGUUUUUGGCCUAAAUAGGGAACUAGGUCAAUUGCCAAAAAAGAAAGGCAUUUCUAGGCCAACUUCGAGUAAUUUUCACGCCAAAACGGCUGAGCUCGGCCAAAACGCUCUUAACAAAAUGGUGCCAGGCAAAAAUGUCACAAAACCAAAUUACCGAACUAAGAUCUUUUCCAAGAUGAAGAAAUAAUAUAACCAUUAGGAAACUUUCAUUUGCAUUGACUGCAACAGACUAUGCCAAAGAGUAACACCAAGAUAACGAUAAUAGAUAAUCUAAAACUGCUCCUUGAAUUUAAGAAUUAAGUUUACUAGAUGCCAUUUAUGCUUUAAUUUGUUAU